CAGCGGUUGACAAAUGCACUUGUAAGAUCGAAUUUUAUAUCCUGCACGGAUAAAAUGAUAAAUGAAAUCAAGUUUAGUUCACUAUUAGAAAGCUGAUAAGACGUGCAAAUUAUUUGUUGCACGUGAUUUUAAAAAGUUAACAAUGUCAGUCUCUAUCGCUUAUUUAACUAGAAAGGAAACUAUUUCAUCUUGUCAUAGACUUCAUAGUUUACAGCUUAGUGAUGAAGAUAACAAAAAUGUUUAUGGAAAGUGCAAUAAUUUUUGGGGUCAUGGACAUAAUUACACUGUUGAAGUUACAGUACGAGGUCCUGUUGACCCAAAAACGGGAAUGGUCAUGAAUAUUUCUGAUCUGAAAGUUUAUAUGAAGAAGAUUUUAAUGGAACAGCUUGAUCAUAAAAAUUUGGAUAAAGAUGUACCAUAUUUUAAAAAUAUUGUAUCUACCACAGAAAAUGUUGCUAUUUACGUUUUUAAUGAAAUUAAAAAAUUAUUGCCUAAACCUGAGUUACUUUAUGAAGUUAAAAUUUAUGAAACGGAUAAUAAUAUUGUUAUUUACAGAGGAGAAACAAAAUAAUAUUUA